AUGCAACCAAGUGAGGUUACAAGACUCCAUUAUCUAGUUAAUUCCAACUCAUCCCCAUAUUCAGCUCAUUUCAGCAUGACUCAGAAUAGCUCACAGAUGCUUCAAUUUAACCAAUUCACUAAUCCAUCGUAUAAUUUCCAGAUCCCUCCUCAAGUUCAAGAAUUUGGUCUACAAGCGUCAUGUAUGAGCAGCCACUCAACUUCUGAUGAAGCAGAUGAGCAACAACUCUCUCUUAUCAAUGAGCGAAAACAGAGAAGGAUGAUAUCUAAUAGAGAGUCUGCACGCCGAUCACGCAUGCGCAAGCAGAAACACCUAGAUGAGCUCUGGUCACAGGUGGUUUGGCUCCGAAAUGAAAAUCACCAGCUUAUAGAUAAGCUGAACCAUGUAUCAGAGUCUCAUGAUCAGGUAGUUCAAGAAAAUGCUCAACUCAAAGAGGAAACCUGUGAACUACGUCAAAUGCUCACUGACAUGCAACUCAGUAGCCCUUACCCUUCAUUGAAAGACCUGGAAGACAUCACCUGCGAGACGGCUUAUCUUAGAACCGAGUCCUCAAACCAAUCUAUCACGAGUUCUUCAGAUUUGCUAGGCUAA